AUCGUGUUUUCUAGGAAUAAUAUUUCUGGAUUUGGUCCAGAAUUACAUCAACUUGACCUUGAAACCACUCCACGUCUCGCAUCUACGUCCAAACAGCUCGGCUUUAAAUAUACGGGUGUGAUUUACGCUGCUGAGCGGUUUGAACAGUGCCGCUUAUUUGUCCGGUCUUCGAGUGAAUUCUCGAUUUUUAUUCCACGACCGCGAUAUAACACAUGGUGCAACGCGGUAGAGAUAGAUAAAAUUGCCUCAGUCGUCAUAGUGAUGUCGAAUGACCGAAUACUUCCUUAUGACGUUACCACUAAAGAUGAUCUAUUCUUCCAUGUUACUUGCAAUUAUACCGUACCUUCAAUCACCUCAGCAAUGAAAAUCUCUCUGCACGACCCUCGUGAUCGUAUCUCUUUGCAAAUCCUGAAAAAAGGGAUUCCUGUCAAUAGUGUUUUCAUCGGAGAAAUCCUUGUUGUUCGUGUCGAAAGUGAUAUCUCGCCUGAUCGACUUCAUAUAACGGCGUGUACUGCACAUCGAGUAGGUGGCACAGGACCACCAACCUUCGUCACGCUAAUAGCUGAUGGGUGUGCACUAUUGCCUUCUCUGAUGACACCGAUGAAAUUGGGUACGAGAGGUUGGGAGUCAUCGCUUUCUGCUUUUCGUAUCGAUGGAAGCGAACAAAUCGACGUCGCCUGUAUGCUGGACGUUUGUCCAGGCAAAAAUUGUCCUGAAGUUAACGUUGGUUAUCAUGUUCCAUAUGUUUUCUCGUUCCAUCGAUCGUCACUGUAUUUAUCCGUGUGUGAUUUGCAUUUUCUAUCAACUGCAGUGUCAUGUGAUCAUUGCUACUAUUUAGCUGUCCUGCCCACCAAGCAAAGAAAGGCCAAUCCGUUCGUUGAUCGAAAGACCUGCUGUUCGAGUUUACCAUCGCCUAAUUGUAAGAACAGGACAUUCCGACAGUUUCCAAGACGACAGGACGUUCCCAGGUCGGUUGGCUCUUCAGCACUGAUAAAAAGGAGCAAAGAAUAG